UGUGGGGCAUUGUGGCACUUGAGUGUUGGUUUUGGCCCCAUGUGGCCCCUGUGGGCCAGCUGAGCCAGUGGGAGCUGCCCGGGGCUGUGUGUGGGCUCGUGGUGGUGCCACUGGUCUGGGGCUGUGCUCUGCCCCAUGGCUGGGCAGGGCUGUGCAAUGAGGCAGGUGGGUGGCUGGAAGAGAGGGCGUUUUCCCUUUCCUGUUCCUUUUCCAUUUCUUUUAUCUCUGAACCUCAGUUGCCACAGACUGACUCUGUCUCCCCCUUUCUCUCAUGUUGCACUCAGUGGAGGAUGGUGAGGAUGAGCUUGUUAAAAAGCCCAGGUAAGGGGAGUGUGUGCUCAAGUGGCAGCAGGAGCCACAAGAUGCUCAGCCCACCUGGCUGCUUCGUCCUCACAGCUUGCAGUCACUCUGGGGAUGCUCUUUGCCCUGUUGCUCUUUCUUGUUUCCUCCUCCUCCAUCCUCUCCCCUUCCCAGAGCCGAGCGUUUGGUGGAGCUGCAGAGCCUGCCCUACACUGAACCCACCGUGGGCACUGCCAGUGCUCAGCCACUGCUCUGACUGUCGCUUUGGGAGGGUCCUGCCUGGACACCCACCAGCCAGGCGGGAUGUCCUGUGCCGGGUAGGACCCUCUGGGCACUGCUGGCACCAAGCUGGGGAGACCAAUCUCUGCCAUUGCUAUUUAAACAAAUGGUAUCUGGAGAAGGCUGAUGGCACUAGCAACACCUUGCUGGGGGUGCUCUGAGGUUCCAGGCAUUGCCUGGACCUGGGGCACAGUGUGCCAUGAGCCUGGCAUGGAGUCGCUGGGCAGAGCUGGGGAUGCCCACGGGUCCAGCUGGGGCACAGUGGAGCAGUGGCAGCCCCCUCAGCUGCUGGAGCCCCCCAGAAGCCCCGGGUGUGACCCUGGGAAGCUGCGGAUGUUAGAGGACGCUGAGGACUGGCAGCCCCGCACCGGGACCUCCCAGUCCCGCUCCUUCCGCAAACUGGCCCAGCUGACGGGCACAGAUGGCAUGGAGGAUGGUGAGGAUGAGCUUGUUAAAAAGCCCAGGGAUGCCCAUGGGUCCAGCUGGGGUACAGGGCAACAGCGGCAGCCCCCUCAGCUGCUGGAGCCCCCCAGCAGCCCCGUGUGUGACCCUGUGAAGCUGCGGAUGUUGCAGGACAUUGAUGACUCGCAGCCCCACACCUGGACCUCCCAGUCCCGCUCCUUCCGCAAACUGGCCCGGCUGGUGGGCGCAGACAGCAUGGAGGAUGGUGAGGAGGAGCUUGAUAAAAAGCCCAGGGAUGCCCGUGGGUCCAGCUGGGGCAUGGUGGAGCAGCGGCAGUCCCCUCAGCUGCUGGAGCCCCCCAGAAGCCCCGGGUGUGACCCUGGGAAGCUGCGGAUGUUAGAGGAUGCUGAGGACUGGCAGCCCCGCACCGGGACCUCCCAGUCCCGCUCCUUCCGCAAACUGGCCCAGCUGACGGGCACAGAUGGCAUGGAGGAUGGUGAGGAUGAGCUUGUUAAAAAGCCCAGGGAUGCCCGUGGGUCCAGCUGGGGCAUGGUGGAGCAGCGGCAGUCCCCUCAGCUGCUGGAGCCCCCCAGAAGCCCCGGGUGUGACCCUGGGAAGCUGCGGAUGUUAGAGGACGCUGAGGACUGGCAGCCCCGCACCGGGACCUCCCAGUCCCGCUCCUUCCGCAAACUGGCCCAGCUGACGGGCACAGAUGGCAUGGAGGAUCAUGAUGAGGUGUUUGUUAGGAAGCCCAGCCAGGUCUCCGUGUCGGACCCAUCUCCAGGAGCAGCGAUGAAGACUGAGCCGGGCCUGGCCCCCAGGACCCCCACUGCCACUCCCGGCCCCACCAGCCGCCCACCCUGGGCUGUGGACCCGUCGUUCGCCGAGCGCUACGCCCCGGACAAGACGAGCACGGUGGUGAGCAAGCACAGCCAGCCGGCCACGCCGACCCCCAUGCAGAACCGCAGCUCCAUCGUGCAGGCGGCCCAGCAGGCCCCCGAGGGGCCCGGCUGCACCCCCCUCUGCUACAAGUGCAACAAGGUCAUCAGGGGACGGUACCUGGUGGCACUGGGACAUUAUUACCAUCCCGAGGAGUUCAUCUGCUGCCAGUGCAGGAAGGUGCUGGAUGAGGGCGGCUUCUUCGAGGAGAAAGGCUCCAUCUUCUGCCCAAAGUGCUACGACACACGCUACGCGCCCAGCUGUGCCAAGUGCAAGAAGAAGAUCACUGGGGAGGUCAUGCAUGCGCUGAAGAUGACCUGGCACGUGCAGUGCUUCACUUGCAAUGCCUGCAAAACUCCCAUCCGCAACCGAGCCUUCUACAUGGAGGAGGGACAGCCCUACUGCGAGAGAGACUACGAGAAGAUGUUUGGCACCAAGUGCCGCGGCUGUGACUUCAAGAUCGAUGCUGGGGACCGGUUCCUGGAGGCGCUGGGGUUCAGCUGGCACGACACUUGCUUCGUCUGUGCGAUCUGCCAGACCAACCUGGAAGGGAAGACGUUCUACUCCAAGAAGGACAAGCCGCUCUGCAAGAGUCAUGCUUUCUCCCAUGUGUGAGGGGUGGAAGUUCAGCUGUGCCCAUACGUGCCCCUGGCCCUGCAUGCUCCUCUCCCCCCAUCCUGAUGCCUCCAGGGAGCCAGGCUGGGCCCUUGGCCCUUCCCCUUGCUCCUGCCUCUUUCCUGGCAGCUCCUGGCCUGAAUUCAGCUGGAGACAGUGCUGGGUGCAGAGCCCUUAUAGCUGGGUGGCUUCUUCUGUGCUUCCUGACUGGCCCUAGGAGCCCUGGGAAGGGGACACUGCAUGGAUCUCCUGCCCCUGAACCACGCAGCAUAGUGGGCACAGCUGUGCCGAGGUUGGAAUCAGGGAUGCUCUGGCACAGCCAGGCUGCUCCCUUGCUGCCUGGCAGCUCAGUGCUGGGGCAGGGAUAUUCCUAUCACAUCCCUGAGUGGGUGAGGACCAGCCCCCUGCCACACUCUUCCUCACGUUCCCUGCUGUGUGCUUAGUACAUGGGGCUGGAAACCCAGCCCUGCUCCCCUGCCCACAGCAACGCCCCAGUCACCCCACAAACUGCUGCAGUGGCUUCCUGCCCUGGCUGCAUUCCAAUGAGAGUCUGUGCCUUGCCAGCCCACUGCUCCCCUGAAGCCGGCAGCACCCCCAGCCUGGUGUGCCCCAGCCCUGAGCUGGCAGCGUGUGCUGAUGGCCAGCUGGCCGUCUGCUCCUGCAAGGCUUGGGCACAGCUUCCUACCAAAGAGUGCUCUGCCACCACCGUCCUGGGCCCGUCGAUGUCCUCCCCCACACACCCUCCAGUCGGGCUGCACUGAUGUAGCCACGGUGCUUUUAGUGCCUUUAAUAAACACGUCUCUGCGAGUG